UUGUAGUAAUUCCUAAGUCUAGUAAUAUCUUUAAAUUACUAGUGGUUUGAGGAUUAUUUUUUUUUAGUGACAUACGUUGAUUGUAUAUUCACUUUUGUUUGUGACUGCUGAGUGCGUUCUUCCAUGAUAGAGUUAUUUUCAUGGUCUUACCACAAUGUAAGUAUACCAAGAGGUUCAAAUCACGUCCGCUCUAAGAACUGAAAUUCGUUAAUAACGUGCCUACUUACUCCUCCAGCCAGUGUCCCAUUGUUGGUCUUGAUUAUUAUUGCAAACAGGCACACAACGAGGAGGAACAACGCUGCAAUCACCGAGUUGAAAAAAUCCUGAAACAGCCAGUGGAAGCAAAAUAUUUAUUCAUACAUGCCUGAAGAAGAAUGUGAAUAGCUCCCAAUAUUGUAUGAAACAUUAAAAAUUACUGCUUUACUAUGAAAUGGAAUUACACUAAUAUCCAUGUAAGUUCGAUAGUGACACCCAGUGGUUUGAUGUUAAAAACAGUGUUUGUGAUAAAACUUCCUCAUUUUGCCUUUUUUUUUCAGUCAUAUUUAUGCAACUUGGCUACGCUUGAUAGACUAAAGCAGCAAAUAAAUUUAAAAAACAGAGAUAAACAUCUGAUAAAAGAAGAUGAUAGAAAGACAGUUAUAUGUAUCGAGGGGAACAUUGCAAGUGGAAAAACAACAUGCCUGGAUUAUUUUGCACAAACUACCAGCCUUGAGGUUUUGACAGAACCGGUGACUAAGUGGAGGAACGUUCGUGGUCAUAAUAUCCUGGGCUUAAUGUACCAGGAUGCAGCAAGAUGGGGGAUAACAUUACAGACUUACAUACAGCUUACGAUGUUGGAGCAGCAUACCAGACCAAUGAUUUCCCCCAUAAGAAUGAUGGAGCGAUCAAUUCACAGUGCAAAAUACGUUUUUGUAGAAAAUUUGUAUCGAAGCGGAAAAAUGCCAGAGGUGGAUUAUGUUGUCCUAACUGAAUGGUUUGACUGGAUCCAGAACAACACCGACGUUUCAGUUGAUUUGAUAGUUUAUCUGCAGACUUCUCCUGAAGUUUGUUAUGAGAGGUUAAAGAGAAGAUGCAGAGAAGAGGAAAAGAUCAUUCCUCUGGAAUAUUUAGAAGCUAUUCAUCAGCUCUAUGAAGAGUGGCUCAUUAAACGUACACUGUUCAAUGUUUCCUGCCCAGUGCUUGUUAUUGGAGCUGACCAUGACAUGCAGAAAAUGAUAGAAAAGUAUGAAGAAAACCGGAACCAAAUACUAAACCCAUAUAAUACGCAACACCAUUUAUAGAAGUCUGCAGUAGUUGUAUUUUAAAAAACAUGUUUAUGAAGUCUGAUUUGGGGGCACUUUUGAGUAUGUUUAAUAUUUCUAAAUAUAAUGGUUUUUGCUCUUGAAUUAUGCUUUGUAGAAUGUUGUGGACUUACUGCUAUGAAAUGUUCAGAUAGAAGUCAUCAACAGAAUAUAAGCCAAUUCCCUUUCAUGUUUUUAGGUUCUCCAUCAGCUUUACUAUGUCAGUUCUAUCCAGCUAAAAUACGGCUGUUUCUCCCAUUUCCCCCUUCACUGCUGCUUCCUAUAAUGAACCUAAGUUUCUUCUUUUUUUUUCUCCAAAGACAAUCCUGUUUUUGUAAUUUGAAAGAAAUAGUUCCAUACAAGAGGUGGGAUGUCCUUUUUUAUUAGUAGAGGAAGCAAAUUAAGUGCAUCAAGUUAAAGUAGCCUUGUAAAUAGGUCUUACCAGGUUGAAAUAGGGGGUCUUACUCUAAUCCUGCCUACACUAGUGCAGUUUCAUUGAAUUCAGUAAGUUUCUUCUGCUUUACAUGAAAUCACAAUAUAGCUGUAGUUCUGAAGAUAACUAUGCACUAGUAUAGUCCCACUGAAUUCAGUGGCAAAAAAAGAGUAACAGUUUUCGUAAGUGAUUGCAGAAUGGCUCUGAGGCUUUUUUUCAAGCUACGUUUUUAAAAGGGCUUAUUUCUCUCCAGUGUUCAUGAAAUCACCGGCCCUGCUAUGGCCGAGUUGAGGACUAGUGAAAAUACAGGGUGCACAGAACUGUAUUUGUUGUUCCUUUCAAAUGGAUAUAAAAAACGCUAGAAUUAAUUGAUUUCUUAACUAUUUUGGAUUCUUUGAUUGUACUUUUUUUCUAAAGGAAAACACAGAUGGUUCUUUGGGUUUAUAUCUUGAUCAGUUUAUUGUGACUUACAGGUACUUGGAGAGUAGAGAAAAAUAGUGGGGGUUUCAUUCUUGCACUUGUUAGCUCAAGUGUUGAGUUGCCCUUAAUUUCUGCUUUACCCUCUGAGUGUUGUCUUCAAGAUAAUCCUUUUAAUGCACCAGUUCUGACUGUUUUUACAUUACUUUUUCUGUUUGAGGGGAAUGAUUCCUGAAGUACAGUAUGUAAUUUUUUUUUUCUGUAAUAGUUUUGGUUGGUUUAAUUGGAGCAAGCAAAGUUAACAGUGCUUUAAAACACACUUACAUUAAUGUAGUUGAGCAUCUGUCAUAGCUUUGUAGUGAAUGCUUCUAAAAAUGGCUAAUGUCCAAGACUUCAGUUAGUACUUUCGCUUAUUACAUACAUUUGUCUGUAACUUGUUCGAGGAUAUAAAUUUUCAGUUACUUGACUUUUCCAUGUUCCACCUGAUGUUGAACAGUAUCUGAUGGUAUUUACUUUUGGAGAUCGCUUCACUGCUUUUAUUUUGUAGUUUUGUGGUAGUUGGUUUUGUGGUAUGCCUAAAAAUCAUUGUAUUGAAAUGACUGCACUGUUUUCCAAGUCAGGAAAUGCCGUUUAUUUGUUGUUGUUUCCAUCUGGUGGGAUAUUUUUUUUUCCAAAUCAGUACAACUUAAUAAUGAUCAGUGCACUGAGAGAGCGUUUCCUAGUGAAGUACUAAAUUAGUAUACUAAAGCUUGUGAACCCAGUAUUGCCAUUCUAUUGUUCUGUUGUAAAGCUUUAGAAUUCUAGCUUAAAAAUAAGAUUUUGCGUGUUAAGGAAUUAGCUUCCUUAUUGAAGCUUAUUUGUAGGGGGAUAGUAGUCAUUCUUGAAACCUUCUGUUAAACUGUCAAAAUUUUUUCUUCUGUAAGAGACCAAAAGAACUAUUUCUUUGGAAAUAGUUCUAUAAAUUUGAAGUUCAGUCAUCUGCAGUUUGUUCUUAAUUCUAAUUUCAUUAUGGGUUGUAGAAGCCAAGGAUGUAUAUUUUGCACACAGUCCAGAAAAUAUCACUUAAUUGUUUUGUACAGAGAAUCUUACAGUACAAAGAAUCUCACUGUUAUCUUUCAGCUUUUGAAAGAAAUUUAUGCUUUUUGGUCAGAUUUUUCUCCCCCCUUUAUUAUAUCAAAACAGGAGUUUGGGUGGAGGUUAUUGAUAUUCAUAAUUAUAAUGGAAUAUAAAGGAAUCAUUUAUAUAACUUAUUAAAAAUUACAGAUGCGAUGGCUACAGAGAGCAUGUUUAUUUUAUGUUUUGCUAUCAAUUUUCAUGUAUAGAUUUUCAUAUACAGGAAGGUUGGGGUAUUUAAUGAAAACUGGGAACAAAACCAAACAGGUUGCUUGUUAUGUGUCAUAAAUGUAAAAUGUUUGCAGUCUGCUCUAGAUGUGUAGAUUCUGCUCUAGAUGUGUAGAUAAAAAUACUGCAGUAAUCAUAAAUACCUGUUUUUAAA